CUCUGGUUGACGAACAUAGAAGAAUCACCAGAAAGAAGCAUCGGUUGGUAGCCAUGGACUCACCAUCGCGUGAUUUGCGCAUGCGCGGCAGCCCCGUCUCUCGCGAAGCGGCCAGCUGCGCGCCAGACAAGGUGGUCAAAGUGGCCGCAACUUCCACACGGCGUUUGAUGAAGAUCAGCAGCCUGACUCUUUUCGCAACCAUUUUCUUGUUCGCCCUUCUUGGAGUGGCCAUCCCGAAUCAUCGAAGAUGAAGGGAUCCACCGGAACAUCCUCGCAGCCAUGUUCCUCACUGGGAUCACUCUAGUGGCCCUCGAGGAUGUGGUGCGACUAGACAAGUCUGCCAUCAUGCUGAUUCUGGCAUCAGUGAUGUGGACCUACCACGCAGCGUCCAAACAUCCGACCAAAUCUCACGAGGGUCAUGAGCACCUCUCGAACGAGCUUGGAAAGGGUUUGGUGGACGUGGGCAGUGUGAUCCUCUUCCUGCUUCCAGCCAUGGCCUUGGUGGAAUCCGUUGAUCACAUGGGUGGCUUCGCAGGGAUCACCAACUACCUAGUGAAACGCACCCGGGACAAGCCCGGCCGUUUGAUGCCCAUGAUUUGCUUCUUAGCCUUUUUCCUCAGCUCUCUCAUCGAUAACUUGACUGCCACCAUCGUUUGCGUGAAAAUCCUGCAACGCGUGGUUCCUCACAGGCAGCAGUGGCGCCACUCCUGUGGGGGGCUGGUGGUGGUCAGCGCCAAUGCAGGGGGCGCUUGGAGCCCCAUCGGCGAUGUGACCACCACAAUGCUUUGGAUCCAGCACAAGGUGAGCACCAUCGGCAUCGUCCAGUGGCUCUUCCUGCCCUCCUUCGUCGCCGCAGUGAUCCCACUCUUUGGCAUUUGGUGGCAAGCCAGCCGGGAUUGCAACAGCCAGGAGUCCGAGCAGAAGUCGGAAGAAGCCAUGCUCCCAACCACUCGAGCGACCUCGGUGGUUUUGGGCGUUGGCAUCACAUGCAUCCUGGCAGUGCCACUAGUAAAAAUGGUCACCGGAUUGCCGCCAUAUUUGGGAAUGAUGAUGGCCUUGGGCAUUUUCUGGCUGGUCACAGAAAUAGCAGGACUGCAUGAGGAUGGCGAACAUGGAAAGACUGGUGUCCCAGCAGCCCUGCACAAGGUGGAUUUGAGCAGUCUCCUGUUCUUCAUCGGUGUCUUGAUGGCAGUGUCCACGCUGGAAUCUGCCGGGGUAUUGUCCCGCUAUGCACUCUUCAUGCAGCGGGUUUGCCCCGAGCCCACGAAGCUGGCAGCAAUCUUAGGGGUUUCUUCUGCGGUCGUGGACAACGUCCCCUUGGUGCAGGCCUCCAUCGAGAUGUUCGAGGAACCGAUGGAUGCGCCUCUAUGGCAGUUGGUCGCCCUUGCAGCCGGCACUGGUGGCUCAAUGCUGGCCGUUGGCAGUGUGGCAGGUGUUACGCUGAUGGGAUUGGAGGGCGUGGGGUUCCUGUGGUACACAAAGAAGAUCAGCUUGUGGGCUUUGCUAGGCUUUGGCCUGGCUCUGGGGACGUAUCAGCUGCAGAGCCUGUUCAUGUAGAAGUCCUCCAGAAGUUCUGAGCCUGAGAUAUAACUUGACUCCUGAAACGUUGGAUCCGCAGGUUGCGCUAGGUCAAACGCCUAAACGGCCUAAAGACGUUGGCCGACAUCCACAUCAUGGGACACCGGCAAAACCGUAGAUUUUUCUGGGGAGGGGCCACAAAAGCUUGGACAUGUCAGACAUCCCCAGAAAUCUGGGAACUGAACUUUUUCAGACCGAGCCCGUGGAAAGAUGAUGCUUUAGGAGGUCCAGUCAGCAACAGCUGUGGACAAGACGAUGGGAAACAAUGACUUUUCCCAGCCGUCCGCUGGUUUUCUUGAUUCCAAGCACCUUUUCUUGGGGUUCAGUGAAAACUGUGAGCCUUUGGUGCUUCUCUGUGUGAGCAUGGGGCUGCAUUGCCUAGGCUCACGCACCUGUGUCUUGAAUGAUGUUCUCGUGAGACAGCAAUUGUUGGAUAUUAUUGGGAUUUGUUUGGUGCAUGGGCAUUUUGAUGCCAGAGAUGAUUCCGGGCAUCCUGUACAGCCGGAAGUUGGCAGUUUCCUGUGCCGAAAGGUGCUUGCUAAGCCAAUCCCCUUUCCACGGCCCAGCCAAUCGCCGAAAAAAUGCAGCCCACGAAGUGGCG